UUGCAAUAGUUCAACCAGCUUCAAAUUCAAAUUUUAUUAAAAGCAAUCGAAAAAUACUUUAAAACGAAACAAAUCAUUGCCAACUAAAAAAUUGGUUUGCUUUUUUAACUACCACAAAUGUUGUCCACCAGCAAUUUUGCAAUUUAAGUUAAUGCUGCAUGUACUUACCAUAUGACAGAUCCAAACGAUAACGCCUUCGACUGAGAGAGACUGAGAACAUGAGCCGUCAACAUCAGCGGCACCACCAGCAGCAGCUGCAACAGCAGCAGCAGCAACAACAGUUGCUGACGGCACAGCAGCAGCAACAACAAGCGCUGCUGAUGGCGGAACAUGCGGCAGCUGCUGAGGCCGCCGAGCUCUUUGAUCUGCUCUGUGUGGCCACGACAAUGCGUCAGAUCCUUGCACUGCACCGGGCCAUGUGUGAAGCGGUGGGAUUACGUCCAUCUCCAUUGAACGAUUUCUAUCCGAAGCUGAAGGUCAAGGUGCGCUCGUGGAAGGCACAGGCACUGUGGAAGAAAUUCGAUGCACGAGCUGCUCAUCGGGUCUACGGCAAGGGAAAUGCGUGCACGGGAACACGAGUUCUGGUUAUUGGAGCCGGACCUUGUGGUCUGCGUACCGCCAUCGAGGCACAGCUGCUGGGCGCCAAGGUUGUGGUGCUGGAGAAACGUGAUCGUAUCACACGCAACAAUGUGCUCCAUCUGUGGCCAUUUGUCAUCACAGAUCUGAGGAAUCUGGGUGCCAAGAAGUUCUAUGGCAAAUUCUGUGCCGGAUCCAUUGAUCACAUCUCCAUUCGACAGUUGCAGUGCAUGCUGCUCAAGGUGGCGCUACUUUUGGGCGUGGAAAUCCAUGAGGGAGUUGGCUUUGAUCAUGUUGUGGAGCCCAGUGGCGAUGGUACAGGUUGGCGUGCUGCAGUUACUCCAUCAGAUCAUGCUGUUUCCCACUACGAAUUCGAUGUUCUCAUUGGCGCCGAUGGCAAACGAAAUAUGUUGGACUUUCGACGCAAAGAGUUUCGUGGCAAAUUGGCCAUUGCCAUUACGGCCAAUUUCAUUAACAAGAAGACCGAGGCGGAGGCCAAGGUGGAGGAGAUUAGCGGUGUGGCGUUUAUAUUCAAUCAGGCAUUCUUCAAGGAGCUUUACAGUCGCACUGGCAUUGAUCUCGAGAACAUUGUCUACUACAAGGAUGAGACACAUUAUUUUGUGAUGACGGCCAAGAAACACAGUCUGAUCGAUAAGGGUGUCAUCAUCGAGGAUAUGGCCGAUCCUGCCGAGUUGCUUGCUCAAGCCAAUGUGGACACACAGAAGCUACAUGAUUAUGCCCGUGAAGCAGCCGAAUUCUCAACACAAUAUCAAAUGCCCAAUCUGGAGUUUGCUGUGAAUCAUUAUGGCAAACCAGAUGUGGCCAUGUUUGAUUUCACUUCCAUGUUUGCCGCCGAGAUGUCUUGCAGGGUAACCGUACGCAAGGGUUGCCGCCUGCUGCAGUGCCUUGUGGGUGACAGUCUCUUGGAGCCGUUUUGGCCCACAGGAUCGGGCUGUGCCCGUGGCUUUCUAUCCAGCAUGGAUGCCGCCUAUGCCAUCAAAUUGUGGUCCAAUCCACAGAACAGCACACUUGGCGUUUUGGCGCAACGUGAGAGCAUCUAUCGUUUGCUAAAUCAGACGACACCAGAUACUCUACAACGUGAUAUUAGCGCAUAUACUGUGGAUCCGGCGACACGUUAUCCAAACCUCAAUCGUGAGUCGGUCAACAGCUGGCAGGUGAAGCAUCUUGUUGACACCGAUGAUCCAACGAUAUUGGAGCAAACUUUCAUGGACACGCAUGCGUUGCAAAUGCCACACGCGGAGACGCCUGGAAAACGCAAGCGACGCAGUGGAGAUUCUCUGCCACAAGGUGCUUCUUUGCUACGUUGGAUCAGCGCACAGCUGUCUGCCUAUCAGUUUACAGCUGAGCUCAAGGAACCCUCCGAUGUGUUCCGCAAUGGACGUGUGCUCUGUGCGCUUAUCAGUCGCUAUCGGCCCGAUUUAAUCGACUAUGCUGCCACCAAGGAGAUGAGUCCAUUGGAGUGCAAUGAGCUUGCCUUUGCGGUGCUGGAGCGUGAGCUGCAUAUUGAUCGCAUCAUGACUGCCAAGCAAUCGCUAGAGUUGACAGAUGUCGAGUCACGCAUCUGGCUACAUUAUUUGGACCAAAUCUGUGAAUUGUUUAGAGGCGAGAUUCCGCACAUUAAGCAUCCCAAGAUGGACUUUAGCGAUCUGCGGCAGAAAUAUCGCAUUAAUCACACGCAUGCACCGCCAGAUUUCUCCAAGUUGCUGCAGACAAAGCCCAAGGCAAAGUCACCCAUGCAGGAUGCCGUCGAUGUGCCCACAACUGUCCAGCGUCGCUCGGUGCUGGAUGAGGAGCGUGCCAAGCGGCAGCGUCGCCACGAGCAGCUGUUGAACAGCAAUGGAGUGGCAGCUUCUGGAUCUGCUGCUGCUGCUGCCAGCAGUCCAGGCAGUAACAAUUUGCAGCAAGCUCAAAAUGAUACACCGCGUCGAUCGAAGAAACGUCGCCAGGCUGACAAAACGGCCAACAUUGAGGAGCGCCAGCAGCGUUUACAAGAGAUCGAGGAGAAUCGUCAGGAUCGCAUGAGCAGAAGACGCCAACAGCGUUUCCAUCAAACGCAGAAUUUCUACAAGAGUCUGCAAUUGCUGCAGGCAGGGAAAUUGCUCAGAGAGGGCGGUGAUGGUGCACCGAUUGAGGGCGUGGCCGAGGAUGGCACCCCAUUUGAGGAUUAUUCGAUAUUCCUAUAUCGCCAACAGGCGCCAAUAUUCAACGAUCGUGUCAAGGAGCUCGAACGCAAGCUUCUAUUUCCCGAUCGGGAGCGUGGUGAUAUUCCCUCAGCCUUGCCACGUAAUGCCGCCGAUGAGCAGUUCAGUGAUCGCAUCAAGAACAUGGAACACCGCAUAACAGGACGUCCAGGACAUGGCAGUGAUAAGAAACCCAAAGAUCUGAUGCGUGCCAUUGGUAAAAUCGAUUCAAAUGAUUGGAAUGUUCGUGAGAUUGAGAAAAAAAUUGAGUUGUCAAAGAAAACUGAGAUACACGGUCCCAAGGGACGUGAAAAGGUGCCCAAGUGGAGCAAGGAACAGUUCCAGGCUCGUCAGCACAAAAUGUCCAAGCCUCAACGACAGGAUUCGCGUGAAGCUGAAAAGUUUAAGGAAAUCGAUACAACACUCAAGAAUCUGGAUAAGCAAUUGAAGGAGGGACACAAUCUGGAUGUGGGCGAAAGAGGACGCAAUAAGGUGGCUUCCAUUGCCGGGCAAUUUGUGAAAAAGGACGAAACGAACUCGGAUGAGAAGAAUGCGAGCAGCAAUGCCACCACGAACACCAACACUGUUAUACCAAAAUCUAGCUCAAAGGUUGCCUUGGCCUUUAAGAAACAGGCUGCCUCCGAGAAGUGUCGCUUCUGCAAGCAGACCGUCUAUCUGAUGGAGAAGACCACCGUGGAGGGUCUCGUGCUGCAUCGCAAUUGCCUCAAGUGUCAUCAUUGCCACACGAAUUUGCGACUUGGCGGUUACGCUUUUGAUCGCGAUGAUCCUCAAGGUCGCUUCUAUUGCACACAGCACUUUAGACUGCCGCCCAAACCGAUGCCACAACGUGUCAACAAAGCGAGGAGAUCCGCUGCCGCACAACCUGCCUCACCUGCAGCACCACAAGCUGCCACGGCUGCCGCAGCAGCUGCCGAAGCUGUGCAAGCUAUGGACACUUUGGCAGCCAGGGAUCAAGUGGAUUUGUUGGACACAUCAAGAGCAGCUGCCUCCGCGGAUGCAAUGUCCGAUGAUGAGGCAAAUGUUAUUGAUGAGCACGAAUGGUCUGGCCGCAAUUUUCUGCCCGAAUCCAACAAUGAUUCGCAGUCGGAACUGUCCAGUUCCGAUGAGUCGGAUACAGAGUCGGAUUCGGAGUUGUUUGAGGAGGCAGAUGAUUCGCCGUUUGGUGCACAAACUUUGCAAUUGGCAUCAGAUUGGAUUGGCAAACAGUACUGUGAGGAUAGCGAUGAUUCGGAUGAUCUCGAUUACGAUUCCAGUGAAGGUAUAGCAGAUGAUGGCAAAGAUGACACGGAGGGUGAGGAGUUUAAAAAGGCACGUGAACUGCGCCGUGAGGAAGUGCGUCUUCAACCUUUACCCGUAAAUCUGCCCACGGACACUGAAACGGAGAAACCCCAAUUAAACAUUGCAAAUAAAGAAAACGUGGAGCGUAUCUCUCUAAAAUCGUCAAACUCCUUUGAGUCGGCCAAAAGUCAACCGAACACGCCAAUUGCCACGCCCACACGUGCUCAACUGGAGCAGCUGGAGCGAAACACACCCAGAAAAUUCAGCAGUGAAAUUGAAGCAAUUAGCGAGAAAUUAUAUCAUAUGAACAAUAUGGUUAAAAUGAACAAAGAUCUGGAAGUGUUGGCCAAGGAGAACUUGGUCAAAAGCGAUAUAUUGCGAAAGUUAACGCUUAAGGAGAAAUGGCUGGCCGAGAAUGCGGCAAUUGCAGCAGGAAUGAAGCCAACAACUUCGGUUCCAGUUGCAGCUGCUCCAACCAAUCCAAAAUCCAAGUUUGAUGAGAAAUAUGAAAAGGUUGUCAGUCCACCUGCAGCUGUAGUUGAGUCUAAACCAAAGCCGGUUAUAGAUUUCAAUCUAGAUGAGCUGAAGCCACGUAAACCCAACUUUGAGGAGCGUCCCAAGGAGCAAUUAAAGCGGCCGGAAAGUCUCAAGAAGCCACCACAGUUGAGUCCCAAGCUGGAGCGCAAGAGCAGCGCCAAUGUAAGUCGAUCCAGCAGCAUGAAGAGCAAUGCCAGCUCCAAUUCUCCACGUCCAAGAAAAGCUCCAUUGCCCAAUGAAAAUAAAAUGCAAAUCCAAAAUGUACUAAACACUUUAAGGAAAACACAGCAACAGAAUAAUGAAGAAGAGCAGCAGGAAAUGGAUAUAGAUUUAGAUAUAGACGAUGUCAAUCCACAAUUGAGCAGCAAACUUAAGGAAAUUGGCGCCAGUAGCUUUGCUGGCACUAUGGAUCAUAUUAAAUCUCAAAUGGUAAUGCCCACUGUGCACACAGCUAGCGUGGAUCUAUCCAAAUAUUUUCCCAAUCAAAAGCCAGAAAAAAGCAAUGCCGGCAACAUAAAUAAAAAUCAAAAAACUCUAAAAGAUGUGGACUUAGCCAGAUAUUUUCCCAGUAGUCCAGCGCCGCAAAGAAGAGCUGUGGAAACGGUGGCGGAGAGAUUGAAAAAGUCACAAACAGAGGCAGCCAUAGUCCAGCAAAAGGAGGUAAAAGACACUAAAGUGGAAUCCAAGAAAGAUACAGAGUCUAAGCAGCCAGCAGAGUCCAAGCUAGAGCCAAAAUCAAAGCCAAUUCCACCCAAGAGACAAAGCUCCCUCAACACUUUCAGUUUGCGUGAUCAUCAACUGGACGGAGCGUUGGAUUUAAGCAAGAAAAAGGCGCCAGUUAAAGUGAUAACAACUGCUAAAGUUCCUGCCAAGACUGCAAGUGCCACAACAUUGGCCAAGGCAUCGACUGCGCCCAAAGGAAAAAUCAAAAUUAUUAAGAAAAUCGUACCCAAAGGCACAAAAGCCAAAAAGGCAGCAGAAAAAGCAGCAGCAAAGGCAGCAGAGAAUCAGCAGGUAGAUCAAACGGAGCCGCAACCGCCACGUGAUGAAGCUGAGCGGAUUCUAGAUGAGAUUUUGGCCGAUGGAGCGACACGUUCACCCAGCUCGGAAUAUCAAAAGCUCUUUAACAAUGAUGAAAAAUCUCCCAGUGAUUUAUCCGAUAAAAUCGAACGCAUUCUCGAAGACACAGGCUUAGAUUUAGAGUUGGGUUUACCGCGUCGUAGCAGCAAGAAAUUGUUGAAAACCAAAUCCUUGGGAGAGGGAGAUUUUGACUUGCAACCGAAGCGUUUAAGUGGAGUUCAAAAUAUACUCAAGCGCUUUGAAUCCAUGAGUUCUGUGCACUCGGAAAAGAGCGAUGAGCAAGCUUCAUUUAAGCUGCGUCGCAUGGAAUCGAGUACAAGUAAUUUGAGUAGUUUGAAUCGUUCACGUGAAUCAAUUGUCUCGACAAAUGAUUCAAUGAGUGAUUUGGAAAAAACCAUGGAUUAUUUGAGGAAUGAAUGGCGCAAUGAGGCGACCAAUUUUUUGCAAAAGAAACGUGACAAAUUCUAUGCCCAAAAGGAAGAGCAACAAAAGCAGCUUGAGGUGAAGCAAAAGGAAGCGGAAAGGGUAUUUGAUAUGCCGGUGCAAUACCGCGACUCCAAGUUGGCCAAGUUCUUUGGUCUGUCCAGCCGGAAAUCACCCGAGAAACGUAAAUCUCCGCUUAAAAAGAAGAAAUCACCCAGCAAGAAUUCAAAGGGAAUGGGAAAAACAAAUAAUUCUCUCGAGGAACUGGCAAAGAUUAGCAAUGCUCGACAGGCUAAACAGGCUCAGAAGAAUAUGCCCAAAGCUCUUGACAAAAUUAAUAAAGUUGAGGUAAAGACUCAAGUUAAAUCCGUGUUGAAACCUGCGACUCCUGUGCCGGAUGACUUUGAGAUUUUGGAUUUAAUUGAUAAGGGCACGGCGGCAAAGGAGCUGGAACGUUCACAGACAAAGAGUCCUUUGGUUGAGGAAGUCGUACCACUAAAACUUGACACGGAAUUGGAUCUGGAGACCCCUCCAGCACGUCCUGUUGUGGAGGAUAUUAAGAAUCUACCCAAAACAGGCUGCGAUAAAUCGCUAAGCAAUUCAAGACGUGGUUCACAGUCCAGUUUGGUUUUAUCCCGACGACAAUCGGAAAUUUCCUUGACGGAAAAACUUAAUCAAGAUGCGAUUGAUGUAUUGAAUAGCAUCGAAUUGGAAAGGGAAACUAUAAACGAUGUGGAGCAUGUGGAUGAAGUUUUUCAAAGCAUGAUUGAGGAAAUGGUGGAUAAUGUGGAUGAUGAAUUGGAUGCCGAUUCAUUGUGCACCACCAUCAGCAAGAGUCCAAGUGCCCAGCCCAUUACAGUGGUUAAACGUGGCAGCUCCGAGGAACAAAGCAUUGAGAAACUCUUCGGUGAGUUUUCCGAUGAGAUGCUUGUCCAUGUGGAGUUUGAUUCCAAUGAUGAUCUGGUUGGCAUAACGCCCAGCUCGGCAGAGCGUGAUUUUGUGGAUAAAUUAGAGUCUCUGGAGCGGGAUGAGGUGGAUGUAAAUAAGAUUCGAUUUAAUCAGACUGUUAACGCUGGCGUGGAUGAAGUGGAUGGCGGCUGCUUUCCUUCCAGACCGCAGCGUAGACAGAAGAGCAGCUCCUCGUCGAGUGAGCCCACAUUGCCAGUUGCUCCACAACGUCUAAAGAAGAAACUGGCCAAGUUGGAUCCGGAUAAUAUGCCGCCUUCGGUGCAGGAUUUAUUGCAACAACUAAGCCAUCAAAAUGUGCAGGAGGACAAAUCAAAGUUGCCUGUUGAGGAACCUCUGAAAUUUCCUAGGCAUAUUGUAGAUGAAGAUGUGAUUGAGCGAGAUGUGAUUAAUCAGGUUAUGCCUAGUCAUUUUGUAGAUGAAAAAACGAUUGAUCAAGUGAAAAGUAGUCAUAUUAUAGCUGAAGAUGUGAUUGAUCAAGUGAAAAGUAGUCAUAUUAUAGCUGAAGAUGUGAUUGAUCAUCCGAAAGUCAAGUCAACCCAAGAUCGAUUGCCACAAGUAUCGUUAGAACAAAUUCCAACUGUUCCAAAUUCAAAUUCGACUACAACAUCGGCAACUAACCAGAUUAACUCCAAUAAAAGCUCCAGCUCCUCCUCACGCAGCAGCCUCAAUGAGCCACCUAAGCUAGUGACGCCUCCAAAGCUGCGCAGCAAGGAGAACUCCCUCGAUUGGGACAUGGAGAAGCUGCCGAACAGUCCAAUGCCACGUCGCAAGCAGAUGAAUCCACAAAUCCCUACGGCCAGCAAGGAGAGUUCCCUCGAAUGGGACAUGGAAAAGUUGCCCAACAGUCCAAUGCCACCACGUCGUCGCAUUGCGUUGCCCAAAUCCUCCAAUGUCUCUCCCAGCAAUUCCAUACAACUGCUGAAUAAUCUACCCGGAGCGGAGGAGCAUGAGGUGGCUGCACAGGAGCGUCUAAUACAGGAGUUCGAGCGGGAACGUCGACAGGCGCUGAUCAAGCGGGAUGAGAGCUUUGAGGCAGCGGCUGCGGAGCAGCGUCGUCAGGAUUCACAGCAGAGCAGCAGUAACUCCAGUGGAAAGCGAAGUUUGCCACCUCCGACGCCGCCAAUCUCUGUCAGCCUGCGACGUGGCACCACACAGGACACGAGCAGUCGAAGGGAAUCCUUGAGAAGAGAUGGUACUCCGCCCAUGUUUAAGAAAUUGGAUCUGGGCGAUGAGUGCAACUCCACCUUGGAUUCCACGGCGGAUUCCACGCGACGCAGUUCGUUUGCAUUUAUUGAGUUACAGGAUAACAAGCCGGUGAUUGUUCCAAUGCCCAGGAAACUCCAUUUGCCAAAACUGGAGCCGCCCAAAUAUGUGCCGGAAGUGGGUCCAAAGGAUGAGCCCGUGCCGGAAGUCUUUAAGGAUCGCGCCUGGCCAAAGCCUCAGCUGGGAGAACUUCAUGCUGACAGCGAGGAUGAGGAGCAAACAGAAGAGGAUCUAAAGCAAAAACUACCGGAAUAUGCACGUUCCGAUUCUCCGCCCUCAGCUGCCUUCCAGAAUCGUCAGUGGCCCGAUGGUAAAACGAUCUUCGAACAAUCCAAAGAAAAGGAUGCACUGCAUCCUGAUGAUAUUCUUAGUUUGCUGGAGGGUAAAAGGCGGAAUUCCAAGAGAUUCAUUAACAAACCACGCUCACAGUCACCGCAACCCUUUAAACCACUGGCAGACAGCUCUCGUCUAAGCUCCAAAUCCUUUGGUGAUCUCAAAAAGGGAGCAUCCGUUUCUGGUUCAGUGCAUUCUCUGUCGGCACCGUCCAGUCAGGACACGGAUACACGCUCUACGGCCACAACGGUGGCGACAUCGCGUCCCUUAAGCUAUGUCAACUACGAUGAGCCGGUGGACGCCAGCACGAAGGCGUUGCUCGAUCGGAGCAAGCGUCUGCACAAUCGCAAAAGGGAUUUUGUCAAUGAACGUGUCGUGGAACGUAAUCCUUAUAUGCGGGAUGUGAUCAGGAGCACAGAUCGCGCUGAUUAUGAACCGGAUGAGGAGCUAUCCAGCUAUAGACCACGUCAUUACUCCAGUGCCAUCACACCAAAGACAGCCACCAGUCGCUUUCCCAGCUCCACAGCUUUGGGAAGAAGAAGCAACUAUGAUUACCUCAAUAACAGCAGUGAUUACCUCAGCAGAAGACCAUACACGGGAUUGGGAGCAACAUCUGCAACAACAACAUCUAGUUAUUAUCCAAGUGCCACAGCUUCAAGCAGUUCCCAUUUGAGUGAUCUCUUUCGGCGACGUAGUCCCGCAUCCGUUUCCAGUUAUGGACUGCCUUCAACCAGCAAAGAGUCGUGCGUACAAACCGAAUCCGAGAGCACAUCACCUGACGAAGUGGAACUAAACUCUGCCACUGAAAUAUCCACCGAUUCUGAGUUCGACAACGAUGAGAUUAUACGACAGGCGCCCAAAAUCUUUAUUGACGACACACAUUUAAGAAAACCCACAAAAGUUCAGAUCAAAUCCAGCAUGAUAACUCCGAGUUCGACUGGGCUGCAUCAGAAGCAGUUGGCAUCGCGGGAAAAGGGCGGCAGCUACCUGCAGAAAUAUCAACCACAACCCCCUCUACCGCAGUUCAAGCCCCUGGUGCAGGUGGAUCCCACGUUGUUGAUCAGCAGCCAACGGGCGCCACUGCAGAAUCCUCGACCUGGCGAUUAUUUGCUGAAUAAAACGGCAAGCACAGAGGGCAUUGCCUCAAAGAAGAGUCUGGAGCUAAAGAAGCGCUAUUUGUUGGGCGAGCCCGCGAAUGGAAAUAAGAUACAAAAAUCUGGAUCCACAUCUGUGUUGGAUUCGCGGAUACGCAGCUUUCAGUCCAACAUCUCGGAAUGUCAGAAGCUAUUGAAUCCCAGCAGCGACAUCAGUGCGGGAAUGAGGAGUUUUCUGGAUCGGACUAAACUGGGCGAUAAUGCUCAGCAUAAUGAACUGAUGAGAUCAGCGACCAGCAAUGUGAUAAAUGAUCUGCGAGUGGAGCUGAAGAUACAGAAGACUCCCUCGAGCAAUUCUACGGACAACGAGAAGGAGAAUGUGUUUGUCAAUAGCAAAAAUGAGCUCAACAAGGGCAUGGAGUACACGGAUGCAGUGAAUGCCACGCUCCUGGAUCAGCUCAACAAGAAGAGUUCACCCACAACGCCGACAAAUAAUAAAACUGUCAUUGAGGUGAUUGAUCUGGUAACACCCGAGAAACCAGUUCCAUUUAUCGAUCUCACCGUGUUGGAGACGCCAAAGAAGGUGACGGAUACCAGCCAGGCAGCUCAUGUCGAGAUUGCUCCUCAGAUACCAGACAGCAAUAAGAUAAAUGAGGUAAUCAAACCGGAUGUCUCCAAGGAUGUCAAGGAGUGCAUACCAGAUAUACUGGGGGAUAUCAAGGCGGACAAGGAGGCAACUGGCGAGGCGGAUUCGGAGGAGCAGCAAUCCCUGCUUUGUCAAUCCGAUGAGGAAAAACGUGACUCUCCCGAGAAGGCAACAACGGAUCAGGAACAGGAACAAUAUGAACCGGAUACGCUGCAAAUUCAAGUGCCUAACAUACCAUGGAGCAAACCAAAGUCGGAGAUGAUGUCCACAACGGGCAGCAGUGCCACCAGUUGCUCCAGUUCCGGCAGCUCCAGCAUUGAGGACAUUCAGCAUUAUAUACUAGAGUCCACAACGAGUCCGGAUACCCAGACAGCGGGUGGGAAGCACAAUGUGCCACGUCUGGAGGUGCACGACAGCAGUGGAGCUUUGAUGCAGGUGGACAGUCUUAUGAUUGUCAAUGGCAAGUACAUCGGAGAUCCCGAGGAUGUCAAAUUCCUUGACAUGCCAGCGGGAAUUAUUGUUCCUCCUCCAUCGGCAGCGAUAAAAACCAACGAGCUGGAGGAUGAGCCCGAGGCAGAUGUGGAGCCGGUGACGGCGACUCCAGAGCCAGCAGAGUGCACAGUGAUUGAGGCGGAGCGAUUGCCCCCACUUCCAGAGAUGGGACCACCAAAGCUCAAAUUUGAUAGCAAAAAUGAGAACAAAAUCGAGAGCUUGAAAAAUCUACCCUUAAUCGUGGAACGAAAUCCGGAGCACGGUCACCAGGUGGUGAAGCCCAUCACCUUGAAUCUAAGCAGCAGUGUUGCCAAGACACCAGACACGCCCACAACGCCCACACAACAUGACAGUGAUAAGACGCCAACGGGAGAAAUGAACUCCCGUGGUUCCGACUCGGAAACCGAGCUUACGGGCACUGGACAGGCCUUGACCGAGACGGAGUUAUCCGAUUGGACAGCCGAUGAUUGCAUCUCGGAGAACUUUGUGGACAUGGAGUUUGCCAUCAACUCCAACAAGGGCACAAUGAAGCGACGCAAGGAACGACGUCGCAGCGGAGCUAACAAGUUGCCCAGCAGCAGCGAGGUUAUCCACGAGCUGGCCAGAAGCCGGCAGCAGGCGCCGGUGGCGGAAAUGGAGGGAAUACUCCAUGCCAUUGAUAUCGAUGAUAUUGAGUUUAUGGACACGGGAUCGGAGGGUUCCUGUGCCGAGGCUUACUCGGCAACAAACACCGCCCUUUUGCACAACAGAGGAUACAUGGAGUAUAUAGAAACUGUGCCCAAGUCGGAGAAUCCCACAAAGCUGGCCACGCAAACGGGAAUCCCUCAAACGAAGCUUCAGCCGCUGCAGCCGCUCGUGACCAAGCGGGAUGAGAAACUGGGCAUUGAUUACAUCGAGCAAGGUGCGUACAUCAUGCACGACGAUGCGAAGACGCCGGUGAAUGAGGCACCUCGUCCCCUGGUCACACAGAUGACGCAAUCUCUGACAGAUUCCAGCACGCUCAAUGAACUGGAUGAGGAUAGUUUGGGUGGCAUGGCCACCUCACAGACCCAGACACAGACACAAGCCACGGCAACCACAACGGAGGAGAGCGAAGCUCUCACUGUGGUCACUAGUCCACUGGACACAUCUUCACCCCGAGUGCUGGAUCAGUUUGCCUCGCUGUUGGCCACUGGCAAGGCGGAUGCCUCCACGCCCAGCAGCUCGGAGCAGCAGCCAAAGACGACGCAAUCCACAGUGACCACGACGAGCGGAAGUGGAAGUGGAAGCAGCUCGACGCCAGCAGCAGCAGCUGCCAAGGAAUCGGACGAGAUACAAUUUGAGUAUGUGCGUGCGUUGCAACAACGCAUCUCACAGAUUAGCACACAGCGACGCAAGAGCUCCAAGGGAGAGGCGCCAAGCAAUGUGAUAGAAGCCACCUCCGUGACAGCAACAACAACAACAGCAACUGCAAUGGAUGACACCAUGAUGAGACCCAGAAGCAGCAGCUCCUCCACCAAAGUACCUGAGAUACCGACACUCAACAGCAAGCUGGAGGAGAUUAGCAAGGAGCGUACAAAGCAAAAGGAUCUCAUACACGAUCUGGUCAUGGAUAAACUGCAAUCUAAAAAGCAACUCAAUGCCGAGAAGCGUCUGCAUCGCAGUCGCCAACGAAGUCUUCUAACCAGUGGCUAUGCCAGUGGUGCCAGUUUGAGUCCCACACCCAAACUGUCAUCCAGUGAUGCCAACUGCAGCAGCCAGGCGCAUUAUCAUGUCUCCACAGCAGCUGCGGAGCCUGUGACCAGUCGACUGAGUCAAGCCACAAAUGUCGAAGUCUUUAAACCGGCAAAUCCGCUACAGAAAUCAGCCACAUCCUCGUAUGUGUCACCUUAUCGCACUGUGCAGGCUCCAACACGCGCCACCGAUCUCUACAAGUCGCGUCCAUUUAGCGAGCAUGUGGAUGACGAGCAAUUGAAUCUUCUAGAGAGGCACAAACUCAACAAGACGGCUUCAUUUAGCUAUGGCAAAGUGGAUGAGUUUGCCACGCCCAAUGCGCCAGUGCGUCCACAACGCAGCAGGCAACAACAGCAGCAAGUUGAAACCGCCUCAGAGAUGAGCAUCUCUGCAUCCACGGAGAAUCUGCGCAGCGAGGCGAGAGCCAGAGCUCGUCUCAAAUCCAACUCGGAGCUGGGUUUGAGUCCCGAGGAGAAGAUGCAAUUGCUGCGCAAGCGUUUGCAAUGUGAUCCGAAGGUGAAGCAGCAGGAGACGCAUUCGCAGGACUUGGCAGCACGUGCCAUUAAGAUGAGUGCAUCCAAAAGUGUUAACGACUUGGCCUACAUUGUGGGCCAUGGCCAACAGCAGCCGCUCAGCCGUUUGGACAGCAGCGAGGCUGUAAACAAAGCCAAGGCCGCUGACUUCACAUCUGAUCCCAAUCUGGCGGCCAGUGCACAGGAUGCCAAACCGAAGAGCAAAUCCAGUCGACGUCAAAAGGAUCCGGAGCGUCGUAAAAGUCUCAUUCAGUCGUUGUCCAGUUUCUUUCACAAGGGCAGCAGCAGCAACAACUCGACGUCCUCAACAGCGGGCAGCAGUUCCAAGGAACAGGGCGUCCCUGUAGCUGCCAAUCACUCUGAGCAUGCAGAGCGUCCGGGCACAAGCAGCAGCGGCACGCCCACAAUCUCCGAUGGAGGCGGCGUCUUCAGUCGCUUCCGCAUCUCACCCAAAUCAAAGGAAAAGUCCAAGGACAAGGAUCUGUACACAAACAACGCAACAUUGCCAAUCAGCACAACACCGACACAAAAAACAGCAACAACUAAAGCAGGAACAACAUCACAAACAAAACACUCCCAAGAUUACCUCAACACCACCACGAACAACAGUCGCUACCGAAAGCAAACGAACACCGAAUCGUUCUCUUCGUCCAGCCCGCAGCUCUAUAUACACAAGCCCCAUCAUCUGGCCGCAUCGAAUGCCUUGGACGACCAGACACCGCCACCCAUACCGCCUUUGCCACUGAAUUAUCAAAGAUCCGAUGAUGAAAGCAACGCUAACGAGACACGAGAGCAUAAGAAGCAACGUGCCAUAUCGAAGGCUUCACGACAGGCUGAGCUCAAGCGAUUGCGAAUCGCUCAAGAAAUCCAGCGUGAACAGGAGGAGAUUGAGGUGCAGCUAAAGGAACUCGAGGCACGAGGCGUUCUCAUUGAGAAGGCACUGCGGGGCGAGGCGCACAACUAUGAAAACUUGGAUACGACAAAGGACAAUGAUGAGAAGCUACUUAAAGAACUUUUGGAAAUAUGGCGCAAUAUCACAGCACUGAAAAAACGUGAUGAAGAACUGACCAUUAGACAACAGGAACUGCAAUUAGAGUAUCGGCAUGCACAACUUAAAGAAGAGCUCAACUUACGUUUAUCCUGCAAUAAACUGGACAAGAGCUCCGCCGAUGUGGCUGCUGAGGGUGCAAUACUCAAUGAGAUGCUGGAAAUUGUGGCUAAGCGGGCGGCUCUACGACCAACUGCCUCACAAGUGGACCUAACUGCAGCAGGUGCUGCAUCGACCUCAACGGAUGCGGGUAUUACAUUAACCGGCCAACCGCACGAACAAGACGAAUCGAAUAUAUGAAUAACAAACUUGCCUUGGGGUUUAUUGGCUUUUGAAGUCUUACAAGGAUUUUUACGCCUAAAUACUUAAGUAAUAAAGUACCAAAAAAAAAAA